AUGGAUGAAUUACCCAUUAAACCCUGCGCAAAAUAUAUUACCCAUUACCUGAAAAGGAAUUUUGUGUUUUCUCCAGGAUCCCAGGAUAUUCAUAAAAACCCCGUGAUAUUUUUCUCCGACAAUUAUGAUGAUGGGAUAACACCUACUGUUCUGGAUUCUAUCCUUGACUACUUCUUUCACCUAAACCCUUGUCGCCAUUUAAUUGUGAUUGAUCGUCGUGGUAGUGGUUGGAUUCCCACCAAGAAGCUACUAAUCCACCUAAAUCUCAAUUAUUUAGAUCACAUUGAAUACGUUGUGUUACUCCGACCACAAGGAUUUUUUCAACGCCUUGGUUCAGAUAGGACUGUCGCAUCGAUUUAUAAUGAUAUUUCCUUCGAUCUCCAGCUUAUUGAUAGCCCCUCGGAUCUAUUUAAUAUUAUCCCUGCUUGCGAAAUUCUUUCCCAAAUCGGUGGCGAACUCUUUUUUGACGUCUCAUUAUGGGUUGAUUUCCAAAUUGAGAUUGAAAGCUUCCAGCGAUGCGCAUGUGAUCUAGGGCUGGAAAUUCAGAGCUUUGUGGUGGAUAUAUCUAAAGUGGAGGCGCUAGCGCGACUCCCACAGGACUUCACCACCUUUGAGUUGGUUCGAGAUCGCGUGGAAAGCCUUCAACGAAGGAGACGUCAGCUUCAACGGAGACUGUCAUCUUGUGAAUCCCGUGGAGUGGAUCUACGUAAACGUCUUCGGGAGCUACGUGAAUCUAGCAGUUCAGAGGAGGAAGUCGUUGAAGCUAAAAAGCGAAUCGCUAACGAGGAAAUAAGUUCCCUGGAUUUGCCCAAAGAUCGUUCCUCCCAAAUCCUUGUUGUGGAACAAUAUAUUAUCCAGCUGUCAGAGACACGGUCAAAAUUGAGGAAAUUUUGGAAUAGGUAUGCCCGUGGUCUAAGGAAUUUACAAAAACUGGAGGAUUUUGAGAGCCAUUUCAAGAAGGUAUGCAUUUUCACGUGA